AAGCUUUUAAGCUUUAAAAUCAAUGUCAUAGGCCUAUAGUUCUUAGUGGCCUCUCCUCCUGCAAAUCCUGACAGUCAACUCUUGUGGUAAUUUAAGUUGGGGUGAAUGAGGAAGAAUAUAUGCAUAUAUGCAUAAUAACUAUGCAUCAAACUCCCAGGCAAAUAAUGAGAAAACACCAAAUCUGUAUCUACAGCCAUAGCUAAUAAUUGUUCUACAAUAUACUAUUUGUAUUUGUUAAUUAGACUCCCAUUUGUCACAUUCCAUAACAUAUCAUAGUAUCAUACAAAGUUAGGCAUAGGCUACUCUGUUAUAACUCUAUUAUUAGCCAGUAGCCUAAAGAGUAUUUCAUUCGGGGUUUUUUAUUAUCCAAAAAAUGAUGGGCAAUAGGCCAAUGGCCUCGUAUUUAUUUGCAUUCCAAAUAGGCCCACUAAUUUUUUGUUUACGAACAAAUGCACUUCAGUUUACUUUCUGAAACUCAAAUGAGAGAUGUUCCCCUCGUGAAAUCUGCCAGCUGGCCCUUUAAGAAGACUGAACAGUGGAGUCAAACUACAAGGCUCUCCUUUUAUCUACCUGCUCCAACUACUAGGUUACUGGUUUCUACUAGUCCCUGAUUGGUCGCCCGAACAAAUCUUCUUGAGUUGGUUGCGUCAAGCUUGAAGCUGACAGGAUGCUGAGAUCAGAGGGCGAAUUCAACGAAGUCUGAUUCCAACCUUGCUGCCUUGAUUGAGGACAUCAUUUGAUCAGAAUACUGUCACUUUAGUGCAUGUCGGCCUUGCUUGUAAAGGAGGAAUUGCAUUAUGAGCUCGUCUGCGCUUGUUAGCGUGAACAUUUCUGUCUUUUGAAUGAAUAUUGCCUGGCUGAAAGCAAACCUGCGCUGUGGACACAAAAGCUCUGACAUUGCGAGUUGAUGCAGUGCUUGCUGUGGGAGAUCCUUUCAAAUAAUUCGGCGAAUCAGAUGUCCAAAGAGAACCACUUCUCUCCCGGUCUGUCCGGUGCGUAAAAGCGGGCACGGUGUCUCUCCAAACUCCACUCUGAGAGCAGUUAUCGGAAUGAAAACCAAAAUAUGCUUUUUGCGAUUUUGCUGAAUUUUACAAGGGGAUUAUCUAGUGCCUACCUGCUUACUUGUCUGCCUAUUUGGGUCACUUGCUUAGCUCCAACGCGUUUUGUUUUUAUUAGGCUACAGAUUCCUGGCCUGUUGAAUUCAUCGUUAUCCUUCCUUCAUGUCGCAUUGGAAUAACUUCAUCUAUCAUGGAUUUUCUUUUCUUUACAAAGUCACUGUUUAGCCUCCGUUUAGACAUCCUAUAGAUCCGGACACUUUAGAGUGCAAUCGAACCCACGUAGCAGCGCAACACCAGGAGGGGAACAUGGACAGAAAUGCCCCAGACGGACCGUUGCUGGAUGACUUGAGCAAACUCACGGACGAGGAGCUCUCUAGGCUCGGAAAAGAUGAGCUCAUCAGGAGGCUACGGAGAACGGAUAACGAGAAAAUGAACUUAAUGGUGGAUCACGGGAACAUGAUGAAAGACGUGAACCGGAGACUACAGGUCCACCUUCACGAGAUCCGCAGCCUCAAGGAGAUCAACCAGAAGCUACAGGACGACAACCACGAGCUCCGGGAGCUCUGCUGUUUCCUGGACGACGACAGGCAGAAGGGCAAGAUGCUGUCCCGGGAGUGGCAACACUUCGGCCGCUACACCGCCGGAUCGAUGUGGCAGGAUGUCGAGGUGUACCAUCAGAAGCUGAAGGAUCUGGAAGCCAACCAGGACUCUGUGAUGCGGGAGAAUCUGGAACUGAAGGAGAUCAUUCUGAUGCUGGAGGAGGAGAGGAACGGAACCGGGUCACGGAGCUCUAUAGACUCCCAGUCCAGCCUGACCAACCUGAACGGGGGCACCAGAACCAUUAGGGACGUCGGGGACGGGAGUAGUACCUCCAGCACCGGCAGUGCCGGUAGUCCUGACCACAACCACAUACACACGCCGGCCGAGGGGAAGAUAGCGUCCCUGCGGAGGUCUAUGGACGACCUGUCGCAGGUGUCACACAUCCACAGGAGCAUCCCUAAUGAACUGCAUGGUCCGUCUUCCAACUACAUCAGGCAACUGGAGACCAAGGUCCGCAUCCUGGAGGAUGACAACAAGCAGCUUCUAUCACAGCAGAUUAAAAGUGGUGAUCUGAAGAGUCUGAGGAAGGGUUUCUACCACUCUGAGUCUCAGCUCUCACGGUACCAGCAAGACCCACUGCAGAAUGGCUCUGGUAGGUCCCCCAGUGGUGAGCCGUCCCCUCCAGCAGACUACCUCCCAGUGGGCCAGAAGCCAGAGGCUGUGGUCCAUGCCAUGAAGGUACUGGAGGUCCAUGAGAACCUGGAGAAGAAGAUCCCUGAAGACUACGACGAAGACCUCAGUGAGAAGGAGAAGGCCAUCGUCAGGGAGAUGUGUAACGUGGUGUGGCGUAAACUAGGUGACGCUGCAGGCUCCAAGCCUUCCAUCCGCCAGCAUCUCUCUGGGAACCAGUUCAAAGGGCCUUUGUAGUCCUUAAGACCACAUUAACCAGCACACAGCAGCACUCAGAAGAGACAAACGGACAGACAAAUUAACAACAACAACCAUGGACCCUCAGCACUGAGUGCACAAACAAGGGGCACAUCUCAAAUGACACCCUCCUAUUUUCUCAGCACUGUGUGACUAUGGCUAGAUGAUCCACACAAACUCUAACCUGAACCCAAACCUCUGUGCUUAGCCUCCCCUAACAUUGUCCCCUGGUGAAUAUUGGAAUGUAGGUUACACCUGACCUGGGUAGCGGGUACAGUCAAUCUCAGUUUAGACCUAACGGACAAAUAGGCUGCGCCGAUGAAGGGUUAAAAACAGCGGUUGGAAAUCCUAUAGCCUCUGACCACGUUGGCUCUCAUUUUCUGUUUAUUUAAAGAGAAUUCUACAUGUUGAAUGACCACCAUUCGUCAAUACCCAGCAGGUAAUCUAGUGCCCACGGCCAACGUUGGUUAUGGUGUCUUGUCAUUAAAGAGAAGGAAGAGGAGGAUAAACUCCAGUCACUACACCUGAGCUACUAUACAUGUGACCUGAGCUACAGUACUUUACCUGACCCUCUGCCAUCUCCAACCAACGUCUGUUUUGGUGUUUGUACACUUCCAAGUGUUCAAGACUGACAACCACUCCAGGACAAACUAUUCUACUAUUCUCAAGUCAAGGCCCUGAUAUGUUCUGUUCUUGACUUUACUUCCAUUACUUUUCCAUUCAACAGCCAACUGACUGGCAACUCCUUACAACAUAGAUGAGGACAAAUACUGGAAAUCGCAUGAUGUCAUUUCCUUCAGUGUAGAAUCACAAGCCAUAGGUUUAUACAACGUGAAACCUAGCUGCUGUAGGAUGCUGUUUAAUAAUGUAGUCCUCUUUUGUCUGAGAGAGAAGUAUGUGUACAAAUGUAGACGGAAAUCUUUUCAAAGUGUUAAACUAAAUUCUAGCGCCAUGUAAGUUAUGUUUAACAAAAUAUAGUGCUAUUUUUUUACUUGUUUUUAGUGUCCAUGUUUGUUUGUGCCUCAAAUAGCAUCCUAUUCUUUAUACCAACACUAUAUAGGGAAAAGGGUGACAUUUGGGAUGCACACUUUAUAACUAAGUACAGAAAGUGUCACACCGAGUGCAGUUUCAUAAAUUUACUCCCAAGGCAGAAAGCUUAUAGCCUGGGGCCCAGUCUGCUUAGGCACUCCUGAAAAGUCCUUAUAGAACUGUCAUGACAAACAUGACUUUACAGUGACAGCAAUGGAGUUGGCAGAAGCACAACCAGUUCUGGGACCAGGCUAGAAAGCUGCCAUACUAUUAACUGAAACAUGAACUCCAGGAAGGGUUAUGGUUCUAAUAUAGUGUUGCUUCUGAUGAUUGAUCAUGGACCAGAAAGUCUUGACUCCUGCUAGAUGGAAGUGGGACUUUUCAUAUACAAAUCUGCAGUUCUUAUAUAUGACAAUCGUUGAAACGGUUUGAAAACAACUUAUUUUGACCAGUCCUAAGUAUUCUCUAUGAGCUCUUAUAGGAAGUAUACCUUAUGAGGUCUCAUUGGAGUCUACACAGAGUGUACAAAACAUUAAGGACACCUUCCUAAUAUUGAGUUGCGCCUAAAGUGUUUGACAGGGAUGC